ACAGGAUGACACAAACUCAGUAAUUUCCUUCCGUGUUCUAGAAUUCUAUUGGGGUAUUACUGGACACAUUCUUUUGCAUCCACACACAAUUUUCCAUUUUACGCCUUUACACUGUCAUUCUUCUUUACGCCUUUACUGUCAUUCUGUUUUACUUGGCUUGUCUGUCAGCAUGGAAGACGUAAAAGAUUGUUCGUUCUGGCAGUUCCGAGUAUGACAGAGGUACAGAACUAUCCCCCUUCCCGGUUGCUCAUGAACGCACCAUGACUCCACCCCUACAGCUGACUUGUUAUUAACCAAUCCUGUUGCCGAAGAUGCAGUUGAAUAGGAAGCGUUUUCCUAUGGUUGUAAGCGACAUCAUAGAAUUUAGACAGACUUACUUACAGCGACGCAUAAACUGAAGUAACAAAAAGCAAUUCUAUCAAUAUCCAGCUUGUUCGGGCAUGAGAUUGGAGAUAUGAAGGCCCUUACCUUACUUCAGUCUGGCUCGGACUUUGACCAACGCUACAAGCCUAGCCUCCUCUCCAACUAUGCUCCAAGUCUGGAGAACCGUGUUUUAGCCGAGUCAUCCUCCACCCUGUCCCAGUGUUUCACCAAGCCUCCAUCAUGGAUGACCCACACCCCCAGUCUGUCCUGCCCCUCCCUCCAGCCGUCUAGCCUCUCCUCCACUGUGUCCACAUCUCCACUCCUGUCCUCCUCCACUUCUACGCUUCUUUGUGGCUCCACCUCCUCCAGCCGUUGCACAUCUCAUCUCCUCAGCACCGAGAACACUCAGCUGAAGAGAGACCCUCUCCUCUUCCCUCUCUCCUCCCUCACCUAUCCCUCUGUCAGGAGCACUCUGUUGACUCCCAGCUCUGCCCCACACCUCCCCCUUCCUGCUCCCACUGAGGUGCAGCAGAAACAGCCAAGUGAAGAUGAGAGGGAGAGAUGCAGUGUUGAUACGCCCAGUCAGGGCUCUGAAUAUGGAAGCACUGACAAUGAGGACCCUGAGCUGUGCUCAGAGAUGCUUGUGGUCGAUCUGGAGUUGGCAGAGGAAGAGGAGGAGGAGCAGAUCAUAGCGCCUGAUGAGGAGUUUGCAGUGAGAAAAGACCGUGUUGACAGUCAGCUUGAGGAGCUGAAGGAUAAGAAGUACCAUCUGCUGAACGCAGUGUGCAGUUCCCUUGUGAUGAAGACCUGUGCUCCUGGGGACAAAGACUGGGAUUGCGAGGGGAAGGUUUGGGCCAGGGUCAUGAAUCUCUCAGAGGAUAUCUCCAAGAGUGACCCAGAGUUUCUCCUCAAGGUGGCAGUGUACACCAGACAGGAACUGAACAUUCGCAUCACCGCCAACUUCCUGCUGGCACUGGCCGCCCACCUACCCGCCACAAAGCCGCACCUACGCCGAUACUUCUGUGCCGCCAUACAGCUGCCUUCUGAUUGGCUGGAAGUGGCAAAAAUCUACUCUACUUGUUUCCGCAGUUCUCUACCAUCUUGUUUGAAGAAAGCCCUCACUGAUAAAUUCAAACAGUUCAGUGAAUAUCAUCUGGCAAAGUACAACACACGGAAACAUCAGUGCAAGCACAACAAGAAACCCAAACCCAAGGAGGUGUCUGUUGAACAGUGGGCAAAAUGGGCUCACCUGGUGGGGGCGGAACCCCAAGCUCUUCAGAAAUAUCUGCAGAAGGGUGCCCGUCGUGGGGUGGACAAGAAGGAAAGGAAGUUUAACUUGAAGAAAAUGAUUGAGCGCCUUCACAUUAAAGAACCUGCUGAACAUGUCAUGGCUAUUCUGGGAAAGAGGUACCCAGCUGAUGUGCAGGCCUUCUCUCGCAGCGGCCUGAACGGGACAUGGCAAAAGGAGUUGUCAGGGAAGCGCAUGAGGCUGAAGCAACCAGACACCUGGGAACGUCUGCUCAGUCAGAAGGGCAACAAGGCCGCCUCAUGGGAGCAGCUGAUUGAUAGUAAGUCGCUGCCUUUCAUGGCCAUGCUGAGGAAUAUGAGGAACAUGAUCACUCAGGGCAUCAGUGAGAGACAUCACCAGAAGAUCCUGGCCAGGCUCGCAUCGAAGUCCUCUGUAAUCCAGAGUAGACAGUUCCCAUUCCGCUUCCUGUCCGCCUAUAAGGUCAUCCUGGAGCUUGGCAGUACAGCCCUGAAAGCAGAAGAAGAGUUCCCGAGCUCUACCGACAUCCUGAAGGAGAUUCUGAAGAAGGUGCCCAAAAGCAAGCGCAACAGGAGUCUGGACUGGGAGAGUGCGAAACGCAAGAGACUGAGGGUGGCCCUGGGAGUGCCUUUUGUGUUCCGGAUCUUCAAAAUGAAGCAGAAGCUUUGGAAAAAAGCAAGCCAGCGAUGUUACACGGACGAGCUCCUGGCUCGCUAUCGCACAGCGCUGGAGAAGGCCGUGCAGAUCUCCUGCCGCUACAACAUCCCACCCCUCCCUGGUCGGACGCUGGUUAUCUGUAACGCAGAUAUGUCCGACUAUAGAAACAACAAGGAUGAAUACCACUUCUGCCUUCCCCCAGACCCUGAAGAUAAGCGUGGCGAGGAUGAGCAACCUCGCAAAAGGAAGGAGACGGACUCCGUUUCUAUCCAGGAACUGGCAGUACUACUGUCACUGAUGAUCACUAACUGCUGCGAGCAUGCCCAGUUUGUCCUCCAGUUGGUCGGGAAUAAAAGCAAAGAGGUGACUCUCCAGUCAGACGCGCUGUUGGAUAAUGUCCGACCAGUCCUGAGGCAGGUAAAGGAGUUUGUUAAAAUGGAUUCAAGUGAGAGGGAUAAGGAAUACAAGAACAUCCUCACCGAAAUGAUGGCAGAUAAGACUCAUGUUGACAAUAUCAUAGAUUUGUCAUGUUAUCAUGGUUCUUGUGAACCAGAUAUUGCCAGGUACAAAAAGGAGGUCAACAAGAAUGCCCUAGUGGUGACUCUCCUGUUAUCCAGCUACAGUGACGAUUCCCCACCCUCAGACCCGAACACUUUGAAGCUUGUUGGCUUCAGUGAGCAAAUCCUUAAGUUUAUCUCGGAGAGAGGCUCCAGUAGGCUUCUGGAUCAUGUGGAGCACAUGGAUAAGCUUCAUGCUGUCCCUCCCCCACCUCACACCAAGGAGGAGCGGGAAGGAGCAGUGGCUGUCCUCACUCUGCCCACCACCCCUAAGUUCAGGUGGCGUGGCGUGCGUGUCUUUGUCUCCUCCACCUUUCGGGACAUGCACGCGGAGCGGGACGUGUUGGUGCGCCGCGUGUUCCCAGAGCUCCGGCGGCGCGCGGCCCCCCACGGCCUCCACCUGCAGGAGGUGGAUCUGCGGUGGGGUGUCACGGAGGAAGAGACGGGCCGCGCCCUUGAGCUCUGCCUGGGGGAGGUGUGCCGCAGCCAGCUGCUGCUGGGCCUCCUGGGGGAGCGAUACGGCCUGGUGCCACCUUGCCCCUCCCUACCAGACAGCCCUCAGUACCACUGGAUGAGCUCAGCUCCGUCUGGCCUGUCAAUCACUGAGAUGGAAAUCAGUCAGUUUCAGGCCCUGUGGGCGGACUCGGCUGCCAGCCGCAUGCUCUGCUAUUUCAGAUCACCAAACCUGCCCAGGUCUGUGCCUGUGGCGUGGAGGGCAGACUUUGCCGCUGAGUCUAAAGAGGGAGAAUCCAAGAUGGCUGACCUGAAGAGCAGGAUCCUCAGCAGUGGAGCUAAAGUGAUGGAAAAUUAUCCGUGUGAGUGGGGAGGUGUUGUGGAUGGAAAACCCUAUGUUAAAAGUCUGGAGGAGUUUGAGAAGACUGUCCUAGAGGAUGUGUGGGGCACACUGCAGAAGCUGUUUAUAGAGGAGGUAGAUGAAACUGAUCUCAGUUCAGAGGUCAAGGAACAGGAAGUACACCAGGAUGCCCUGCAGAGGCAGUUUUAUGGGCGUGGCAAGCUCGUUUCUAUGGCGAUGGAGAAAGUGAAGGAGACUCAGAAGAAGGGAGGGAUUCUGCUAGUGGAAGGAGGUCCUGGAGAGGGCAAGACUGUGUUCAUGGCUGGCCUGGCAAAUGCACUCCAGACUCCAGAGAAGUCCCAGAAAACCCAGAGGUAUGAUGUCAUAUCCUACUCCACUGCUGCCAGCCAAUCAGCAUGCCGUGUAGAGAACCUGCUGGGAUGUCUCAUUCAUUGGUUGAGAAAUCGAAGAGAAGGAAAUGAAGAAGAGGAGAAGCUGUCCUCCUCUUCAUCCUAUAAAGAACUACUGGACGAAUUUGACACUCUUCUGAGUGACAUGAAGAAGGGCCAAUCACUGGCCUUGUUGGUUGAUGGUGCAGAUCUUGUGCAGGACGCUCAAAGCAGAUUGGUCUCUGAUUGGAUACCUCCGAAUUUACCACAGUGUGUUUCUCUGGUUUUAAGUGUUACCACCAACUCGGCUCUCCAGCAAACUCUUCUCAAGAAAAAAGGUUCCAUCUCUCUUGCCUUGGGACAGCUGGCCCUGCCAGACCGGAAGGAGAUUGUUCAGAAGGAGCUCAGUGUCUAUGGAAAGAAACUCAGUGACUCUGCAUUUAACAAUCAGCUCCAGACCCUGCUGAUGAAGAAGGGUGCAGUCAGCCCCCUCUACCUCCACCACGCCUGUGAGGAGCUGAGGAGCUACGCCUCCUUUGAGAAGAUGAAGGAGAAUCUGCAGACUCUUCCUCAGACUCUGUGUCAGCUGGUCCAGCACAGUCUGCUCAGGCUGGUCUCCCAGUAUAGACAAUGGGCCCUCGGCUGGGCUCUGGGGGCUCUGGCCGUCAGUUCCACCGGGCUGAGGGAGAGGGACCUGUACGCUGUACUGAGCAUGUGCAAUGACCUCUCUCGGAACGAGGGGCAGGUGACCUGGCAGGAAGUGCUUCACCGGGCCAGGCACCCACAAAACCGCAUUCCCAUGGCAACCUUCACUCAGAUGGCACGUUGCUUGCAGAGUCUGAUUGGUCCCUCCAACGCUCAUAAGCCAGACGACUUCCUGAUGCUGUCCAAUCCCGAGGUGAUGUCCGCCUUUGAGCAGCUCUUCCUGUCAGAAGAGGAAGACCAAACCAGAGCUCAUCUCCUGCUGUCAGCUUACCUAUGGGUCCAGGCAGACCCUCAGGGCAAGGACACCUUCCUGCACUGUGACUCUGAUGCCCUCAUCCACCUGCCCUCUCACCUGAGGAGCAGUGGCCAGUGGCCGGCCUUGUCUCACCUGCUCUCCAGCUAUUACUUCCUGUACGCCAACGUGAGACUGGGGCUCCUGCACCACCUCUUAGAGACGUACGCGUCGUUCGAUGGAGUCAACACGGGUGACAUGGAAGACUGUCGGAGGUUCCUGAGGCAGGAGGCGCCUCUGCUUUCCCAUUGGCCGGCUCUUUUCCUGCAGCAGGCUCUGAACAAAUCAGACGGCUCUUCCGCCCAUCUCUGGGCCAGAGGUGUCAUGGCUCGAGGAGGAGGGCGUGGAGGGCGUGUGGUACAGUGGCUCAACAAGGCUGAGCUUACAGGGAGCAGGGAGACCACUGAAGCUGUGGGUGCCCUGGUGUCCACAUUCCAGUCAGAGCCCACCUGUGUGGUUGUGAGCCCAGGAGGUGAUGUCAUCGCCGUGGGAACAGUGCAGGGCACUCUGCACUUCUAUAGUGCACAGACGGGACAGGAAGUGAAGUCUCUGGUGAGCAACAGUGAUGGCAUCUCGGGCUGCGUUUUCCUGAAGGAGGGGCUUCUCGGAUCCACGUCCUAUGAUGGACAGAUCGAGGUGUGGGAUGUGCAGAGUGGAUGCAGGGUCACCCAUGUGGAUGCACAUACUAAUAGAAUAACAGGAAGUGACGUCAGUCGUGACAGGAAACACCUGGCCACAGUCUCCUUAGAUUUCAGUAUUAAGGUGUGGUCCUCUCCGCAAGGCACACUGGUGGCCAACAUGUGGAGUCCGAGCCCUCUGAACUGUGUGACCUUUGACCCAGAAGGACAGCGCGUGGCCGUGGGUUGCUGGGAUGGAUCAGUGCGCAUGUGGAACUGGCUCCAGGACACAGUGCAGCCUCUGCUGGGCCAUGAGCGGUCUGUGCGGAGCCUGUCCUUCUCCCCGUGUGGGUCUGUGCUGUGCUCUGGUUCUAUUUGUGGAGAGGUCAGGCUGUGGUCUGUGCCUGCCUUGGCUUGUGUGGGCAGCUUCCAGGCCCACAGCGGCUCGGCACAGGCGCUCUCCUUCCUGCAGGAGGGCAGGCUGCUGCUCAGCGCCGGAUCAGACACGACGAUCCAAUUGUGGUCAGGCGGUCUUGGUCGCUCAGUGGGAGUGUUAGGCGAAGAGAGGAAGUUGUCCAGGUACAGCCAGAGAUCCUCCAGGCACAAAACAACAACAGCUGCUGCUGCUGCGCUCUUUGUAGCUGUUGCCAGUGGUUACGCUGCUGUAGGCUACCAUGGAGAUGGUGUAAAGGUGUUCCAUUUGGAAACAGGAGAGAGAGUGUGGGCAAGUGAGGGCCUCCUGGUGUCUCUGCCGUGCCUGUUGUGGCUGGAGUCCCAGGAACCCGAGGUGCUCGUGGCGGGAUGCGGUGACCAUCACCUGCGGGUGUGGAAGAUGCAGCGGGCAAAGGGUGCGGUGAGCCUGGCGCUCCAGGGCACCUUUGGGGCACAGCAGGGUCCAAUCACUGCCCUGGCACAGAGCACCACCUACGUGGCCUCGGCCUCAGAUGACUUCACCAUUGCCUUAUGGUCGGUGGGGGACUUGAGUUCUGAGGCCUGGAUUGAGCCCAGUGAGGUGUGCCUUCUCAGGGGUCACGGUGGCGGGGUAACCUGCCUGUCCUUUAGCCCCAGUCAGCAGGAGCUCCUCUCUGGGGGCAAAGACCAGGCUCUGCUGGUUUGGAGUCUUUCCUCUUCGCCUCCCUCUCUCUCCCAAUCUCUCCCACACUGCCAUGGGGACUGGAUCACUGGCUGCGCCUGGACUUCCAAUGGCGUGGUGAGCUGCUCCAGAGAUGGCCGAUUGAGGGUGUGGGAUAUCCAGACAGGGAGCUGCGUCACAGAGAUCCUGGCCUCUUCCUCCCUCAGCUCCCUCUGCUGUGUAGCUGACUAUGUGAUGGCUGGUUCUGUUGAUGGUCUCCUGGUUGUGUGGAAGAGGCUGACGGGGAUGAGGAUCACCCAGAUCCAGGCGCACCACUCCUGCGUACACCACUGUGCUGCCCUCCCCAACACUGAUGGAAACCAGAUAAGCAGAGAGGAGGAGCUGAUGGUUGCCACGGCUUCGGAUGACGGAACAGUGAAGCUGUGGCAGCCCCUGCAGGUGCACCAUCACAGCACGCUGCACAGCCACACUGGAGGGGUGGAGGCGGUCGUGACCAGUCAGACAGGAGAACCAACCCUCUUCACCGUGUCCCAGGACCUCUCUCUCCGCACGUGGACUGUGGCCACAGCUUUGGAGCUCCCUGCCAGCCUGAGGAACUGUGUUACAGCCCUCUGUUUCCUCUAUGGGGGCCAGCUGCUUGUGGCUGGCUGUGAGUCAGGCAGAGUGGAGAUUUGGCAUCACAAUAAGGUCAUAUGUUGCAAUCAGGUGAGCGAUCGUGGGGUGACCGCCUUCUCCAGUAUGCCGGAUGACAGGCUAGCCGUGGGCUCCUGGGACAGUUACGUGUACAUCUGGAAAAUCCACUGGGACCCCCAGCAGCACUCUGCAAGUAUGGAGAAGGUGUGUUCUUAUCAAAUGCAGAGCCCAGUGAGGCAUCUUCAUUAUUGUAAUUGGCUCCUGGGAGUGUGUAACAGUGGAGAAGUCUUCAAAGUCGAGGAACCAGCUGACGAUUGGAAAAAUUGUCUUAACAACUGGGCCAACGGUCACCGUAUUCUCUCUGUGCUCGAAAAUGAUACCAAGAGUUGCUGGAUGGCUGGAGAGUACAAUGGGAAACUAAUCUUUGGAUUUAUGCUGUGCAUGAGUCCAAGCAGCCCCUUGUGCUCAAGUUUCUGCGAGAAUGAGGUGGACAGAGACCCAGAGGUAGAGGCCGAAAUGAAGCUCCCGUGGAUUUCUGCCAUCGCCAUGCAAGGAAGCUUUGUGGUGUAUGGAGAUGUCAAGGGUAACUUGUGGUUCGGCCAGUCAUCUAAUACGGACUCCUGGGACAAUACAUCUGCUCACAGUGACAGGAUCAGUGUGCUGAGGUUGACCGAAAAGAGGAUCAUCUCUGCAUCCUAUGACCGAACCGUCAAACUCUGGGACAGACGGACCAAAAAACAGGUGGGGAUGUUUGUGUGUGAGGGCCCUGUCCAAGCCCUGGAGGUGGCCCCUCAGGAGCCCAGAGAGAUGGUGUGUGCGGACGGUCUGGGAAAACUUUACUUCCUGUCCUGGACAGAGUGAUCAAUAUGUUGUUUUUGAGAGAUCAUUAACAUGUGCUCUCUAGAAUGUCCACUGAACUUAACCGAACAUAUUGAGAAUCCUGUUUAUAAUCAACUGGAAAAUGUUGCAUGUUGAGCAGGUUAGUCUUUUGAUUCAUAGACAUAUUCUUUAUUGCUUUAAUGUACCUCAUAUAUUUAUCAAAUAUUUACCGCAAAGAGAUAAGCAAUGUAUGGCUGCUUAUGCUUUACAGAAAGGGGGUAAAAUAAUGUUUUCCACCAGUGCCUUUAAUUUCAUCCAAAAAUAAAUCAAAAAUAAAGUUUUGUUUACUCUCA